CCCGGACCCCCCGGAGCCACAGCGUCAAGAUGGCGGAGCUUUGGGGGGCUGAAGAAGUGGUGGAUUGGAAGGAGAGAUGUGUGGCUCUAGAGUCCCAGCUGAUGAGAUUCAGACUCCAGGCCAGCAAGAUCAGAGAGUUACUGGCUGACAAGAUGCAGCAGCUCGAGAGGCAGGUGAGCGACGCGGACCGUCGAGCAGAGCGAGCCUUCCAGCAGGUGCAAGUUAUGGAAGAUAAAUUAAAAGCAGCAAAUAUCCAAACAAGUGAAUCUGAGACCAGACUGUAUAAAAAGUGUCAGGAUUUGGAGAGUCUGAUCCAGGAGAAAGAUGACAUCAUUCAGACUUUGGAGUUACAACUGGAGGAGCAGAAACAAAUAAGGAUUCAAGAAGCCAAGAUUAUAGAAGAGAAAGCGGCCAAGAUCAAGGAGUGGGUGACCUCCAAGCUGCAUGAGCUGGAAGUGGAGAAUCAUAAUCUGCGCUUGAUCAACCAAAAGCAAACCGAGGAAAUGAACAUCAUACGGUCUAAGUUACAAGGAUCAGACCAGGGGAAGAGACUAUCCAUUUCAGCCACCCAGAAGCCCACGGAGGGCCAACGCUUGAGCAGCGUGACCUUCGGAUGCUUUUUGUCCAGAGCCAGAAGCCCUGAGCACGUCUCAAAAGCAGAGGAAGUGAGCCAGGUCUCAUCUACAGGGUCUCCGUUCGGGGAAGAAAAUCACAUCCCAGGAGUGGAAAUCCCGGAUGUGUCUCCCAGCGGUCAAGCCCCAGAAUCUCUCAGUGGCCAGCGAACACCACAGCCUGGCUUCGGGCGGGUGGGGUUGGCCCAACCAGUGGGGAUUGGUGGCGGCCGACUAACCGGAGUUGACAGUGGCCCUCCUGGGAGUCCUGGCCCCGUGGCCAGCGGCUGGAGCUCUGAUGAGGAUGACGUCAGCCGGUGCAGAGUCUCUGGUCGGCGUGAGUCCGCCCUGUCCAGCCCAACGUCCGAGGAAGGCGGUGGCUUCGGCCGGACGGGGAGCGAGAUGAACCUGACGGCCUCGGAUGACAGUGGCUCGACGUUUGAGGAGGGUGGUUUGGGUGCCCGUCGGCCAGAGCACAGGAAGCUGUAUCUCUGGCGGCAGGAAGCCCAGCGGCAGGCCCGGGACCGUCGGGCCCGGGCCGAGGGCAGGGCUGGGUUGUUGGGGUGCCGCGGGGAGCGGCCGGGCCUGGAUAGCUCCUCGGAUGAGCUGAGCAGGAGAUUCCAGUCUCAGAGGCUGGAUUACCCAUCGGCGUCUAGCGAGACCACCAUACCAAGCCCAAGUGGGACACCUGCCCUCACACCCGGGCCCUCCCACCAGCUCCCUGCCGCGGGCUCCCGGGGCAUUGGCCCCCCAGCCCCGCCCCGGCCGAGGGCUCCCAGCUCACCUCUAGCCCGCAGGCACCUGAGCCAGCCGCCGCUGAGCUCGGACCGGGCCUUUGGGAAGAACAGGAACGCCAUAAGCAUGAUCAGGCCUUUCCAGCCGCUGGAAACUGAUCUUGACCUGGUUGACGGGGAUGGUCCUGACGCCGAGGAGGCCAUGGACACUGGCUGUGGAAGCCACGUGUCGGCUGGCGACUCCCCAGAGGCACAAGACCCGGAGGCCUGGGAGUCGGCAAAGAAGGCCCCGGCUACUAAGCCCCCGACGCCCCCGCUCCACCGUUGCCCAUCCUGGGAAAGCAGAAUUUAUGCUGUGGCCAAGUGUGGCAUGCGGAUGUCUGAAGCCAUCAGCGUGGAUGGUGUCUGCCAAGCUUCUGGGGCAGUGACUCCUGAUUCCAUGUCAGGACUCUACACAUCACUGCUCUAUAAGAACAUGACAACACCAGUGUACACCACUCUGAAAGGGAAGGCAACUCAGAUAAGCAACAGCCCAUUCCUAGAUGACUCUUCGGGCUCCGACGAGGAGGAUGGCUCGAGGUCCAGUUCCCGGACAUCAGAAUCGGACUCUCGGGGCAGAAGUGGGCCAGGAAGCCCCCGGGCGAUGAAACGCGGUGUGUCCCUCUCCUCGGUGACUUCAGAAAGUGACUAUGCCAUCCCGCCCGAUGCCUACUCCACUGACACCGAGUUUUCAGAACCGGAGCAGAAGCUCCCUAAAACCUGCCGCUCUUCCAGUGAUGCUGGAAAAAAUGAGCCCCUGGAGAAGUCUGGCUACCUGUUAAAGAUGGGGGGCAGAGUGAGGGCCUGGACCCGGAGGUGGUUUGUCCUCAAGGGUGGUGAGCUGCUGUACUACAAGUCCCCGAGUGACGUGGUCCGCAAGCCCCAGGGUCAGAUCGAGCUCAGCGCCAACAGCCGUAUCGUCCGAGGAGAGUGCAAGCAGACGGUACAGCUAGCCACAGAGAAGCGGACGUUCUAUCUGUCAGCCGAUUCCCCCAACAUCUUGGAGGAGUGGGUGAGAGUGCUGCAGAGUGAACUGAGGGUCCAGGCUGCCAAUCCGCUCCUCGUCCAGCCCGACGUCAAGCCCACCGUCAAAGGGCUUCUGACCAAGGUGAAACAUGGCUACUCCAAGAGAGUGUGGUGUUCGCUUGUGGGGAAAACGCUCUACUACUUUCGCAGCCAGGAGGACAAGUUUCCCCUAGGGCAGAUCAAGCUCUGGGAGGCAAAGGUGGAGGAGGUGGACAGGUCCUGUGAUUCGGAUGAGGAUUAUGAGGCCGGUAGCCGCAGCCUGCUGACUACUCACCGCACCGUGGUGGUCCACCCCAAGGGACAGGGGCCCACCUACCUGCUCAUCGGUUCCAAGCACGAGAAGGACACCUGGCUUUAUCACCUGACCGUUGCAGCCGGAAGUACAAAUGUCAGUGUUGGAUCUGAGUUUGAACAGCUGGUGUGCAAACUACUCAAUGUAGAAGGGGAGCCCUCCUCCCAGAUCUGGCGCCACCCCGUCCUGUGCCACACCAAGGAAGGGAUCACCGCCCCUCUGACCACGCUGCCCUCGGAAGCCCUGCAGACUGAAGCGGUCAAAUUGUUCAAGGCCUGCCAGCUGUUCAUCAAUGCGGCGGUGGACUCUCCUGCCAUCGACUACCACGUCUCCCUGGCCCAGAGCGCCCUGCAGGUCUGCCUCACCCACCCGGAGCUCCAGAGCGAGCUCUGCUGCCAGCUUAUCAAGCAGACCCGGCGACGGCAGGCUCAGAGCCAACCGGGCCCACUGCAGGGCUGGCAGCUCCUUGCGCUGUGUGCUGGCCUCUUCCUGCCCCAGCACCCUUUCCUCUGGCUCCUGCAGCUCCACCUGCGGAGGAACGCAGACCCCAGGACGGAGCCCGGGAAGUAUGCCAUCUACUGCCAGCGCUGUGUGGAGAGAGCCCGGCAGAAUGGGGACCGCGAGGCACGACCCUCCCGCAUGGAGAUCCUGUCCACCCUGCUCCGGAAUCCCUACCACCACUCCCUGCCCUUCAGCGUCCCCGUGCACUUCCCCAAUGGCGCGUACCAGGUGGUUGGGUUUGAUGCUUCCACCACUGUGGAAGAGUUCCUGGACACGCUGAACCUGGACACUGGCAUGAGGAAGCCCACCCAGUCGGGAUUUGCCCUCUUCACUGGUGACCCCUCUGGCCGCGACGUGGAGCACUGCCUCCAGGGCAGCGUCAAGAUCUGUGAUAUCAUCUCUAAAUGGGAGCAGGCUUGCAGGGAGUUGCCUCCAGGGAAGUGUGACGGAGCAAAGACCGUGCGCCUCACCUACAAAAACAGGCUCUACUUCUCCACACAAGCGCGGGGGGAGACCGACCGUGAAAAGCUGCUGUUGUCGUACCAGACCAAUGACCAGAUUGUCUUGGGCCUCUUCCCACUGGACAAGGAGCUGGCCCUGGAAAUGGCUGCACUGAUGGCCCAGGUGGAGGCUGGAGAUUUGGAGUGGCCGUCAGCGGCGGCCGGGCCGGCGGCCCUGGCCAAGGCCAACCAGGCUCUGAAGCAGGCCCUGGAGAGGUUCUACCCAAAACGGUAUCGGGACGGCUGUUCCGAGGAACAGUUACGGCAGCUCUGCCAGCGACUGUCCAUGAGAUGGGCGGCUCUCCGGGGCCACAGUGCGGCCGACUGCGUGCGCAUCUACCUGACAGUCGCCCGGAAGUGGCCCUUCUUUGGUGCCAAGCUGUUUCCUGCAAGACCCGUGACUCCGACUUCCCAGGAAAGCCCCAACGUGUGGCUUGCCGUGCAUCAAGAUGGCAUCAGUGUCCUGGAACACACCUCCAUGCGGCUAAUGGUCACCUACGGGUACAAGAGUCUGAUGACCUUUGGAGGUUACCGAGACGACUUCAUGUUGGUGGUCAGCACUGUGCGGCCCCAGGGCGAGUCGACCGACAAACUGCUCUUCGCCAUGGCAAAACCCAAGAUUCUGGAAGUCACCCUCCUGGCUGCCAGUUACAUCAACAACUUCCACCAGCAGAAGGGCGCCGUCCACCACCUCUCCGCCCCAGCCCUGAUGACCGCCCGAGUCGGAGCCCCCCAAGCUCAGGACCUGGGGAGCCGGCGCCCGUUGCCGGCCAGCCGGCCCACCAAGGGCCCCACUCUGCUGUGAGGGGCAAGUCCAGGGAGGGAGAGUCUGGGGCUCUCCCAGGCCACCCUCUGUCCCCGAGCACCCUGGAAUCCUCUCCGAGCCACAACAGGAUCAGAAUGGGCAGGAAUCAUCUUCCCAGGAACCUCAACUGCUUACCUGUGGUGGACUCUCUGGGGGUCCUAUGGGCCAGCCCUCUGCUUCUGGGCGGCACUGUCCGCUGCCCACCCCAGCAGCUGGGAGCUGUCCAAGCCUAGGGCCCCCUCAGCCUCCCAGGUCGACUGCUGGGUGAACCUGGCAGGCUUCUAGGAAGAGCGAGUUGCAUCAGUGCAAUAUGGCCACAGUUUGGAGAAGACUAGAGUGGGCCGUGCAAGAAGUGGUUGCCGCUUCUCCUGGGAGGAGCUCCAGAGGGUCUGGCCGGGUACCACCAGCUGAGCUGGGGUGCUGGGGCACCCUCAACUCUGGUUGCUGGGGCACCCCCAACUCUGGUUGCUGGGACUGGGGCUCCUCUGCAGGGAGAGGUGGGUGGGAUGAGUUUCCUGAAAGCAGCCACUCCCAGCCCAGCCUCCUGAGCUGCCCAUCCAUGGGCUUAUCACAGUGAAGACCGAGAUUCUCCUCCACGUCUCCCGCAGAAGGGGUUCUCCAGGUCAGGUGUCCACCGGGCCUGCCAGAAGCAAACCUGAGACUGUCCCAGGGUUUGACGCCUCGCCAGGACGUCUGGGUCCCCGGGCCCCUGGUCCAGAGGAGUGUGACCAGGUCCUGGAGGCUGGAGGCUAUCGGCUGGGCUACCAUCAUCACCUCAACGCAAUCCUAGUGAAGGGACAUGUGGGACAUGGCUCCACCCCAACCCCACCAGCAAGGAUCCCCUCGGAGGAAGUGAGAAGCCCCCAGGCAUCCUGGAAGGGAAGGACUCUGCUGGAUCACCACUCCGGCCGCUAGCUACUGCUGGAAAAGCCCAGGAACCCGCCUUCUACCCAUCGCCGAUUAAUGAUGGUUUCUUCGGGGCCGGAGCCAAAGUUGCUGGGAUGCCAGUAGCCCGUGACGCUGACGGGAACCAUCAGUUGGAUUUUCUGGCAGGGUCCACGGGUCUGUCCCACUGGGGGCAUAGGCCUGUCAUGGCCCGCUCCCAUCCCAGCACACAGAGUCACAUGCUGCUGCCAUCUCCUAGUGUGGGCUACCCCUGGGGUGGCAGCUCCCCUUCCCCCAAGAACACAGCCUCCCCUGCUCCUGCUGAGAAUAAUAAUAACAAUGCCACCACCUCG